ACAUGGUAUUGACUUCCGUGUUUACGACAGUCUGUGAGCCGGUGUUCAUUUACGGCAGGCAGUACAGGCACAUGUGUUUCCAGAGUCAACAGCGUGCUCAUUGAUAGUCCAGCUAACCAUAUUUAAAGGUUCUCUGUCAUGUCAUUCCGCGGGGGUGGUGGUCGAGGAGGGGGUCGUGGCGGUGGUUUUAACAGAGGUGGUGGUCGUGGAGGCGGAUUUGGAGGGGGUCGAGGUGGCAGAGGUGGAUUUAACAGAUAUCAAGACUUUGGCCCACCAGAAUAUGUUGUCGCUGUGGGAGAGUUCAUGCACCCCUGUGAGGAUGAUAUUGUCUGUAAAUGUGUGACGGAUGACAAUAAAGUCCCCUACUUCAACGCUCCUGUAUACCUGGAAAACAAGGAGCAAAUUGGAAAAGUGGACGAGAUCUUUGGGCAGCUUCGUGAUUUUUAUUUUUCAGUCAAACUUUCUGAAAAUAUGAAGGCAUCCUCCUUCAAGAAGUUACAGAAGUUCUACAUUGACCCUAUGAAGCUGCUGCCCCUCCAGAGAUUCCUCCCUAGGCCUCCAGGUGAGAAGGGGCCGCCCCGUGGAGGAAGAGGUGGGAGAGGAGGUGGCUUCCGUGGAGGUCGUGGUGGCAAUGGUGGUGGUCGUGGAGGAUUUGGUGGUCGUGGAGGAUUUGGUGGACGUGGAGGAUUUGGUGGACGUGGAGGAUUUGGCGGACGUGGAGGAGGAGGUGGGGGAGGAUUCAGAGGAGGCAGAGGUGGAGGCGGUGGACGUGGAUUCAGAGGUGGAAGAUGAUGAAGGUCUCUCAGUAUGGGAUGUGUCCUUUCAUCUGCUGGGGAGACUUCCAGUGAGAAGCCAGAAGCAGCAUUUGGGGCCUAGUCUUUAGACCGUUAACUGAUGCCUCUUUUGUACAGCUGAACUUUUUACUUGGUUUUGUACCAUAUGUGUAUUUUUCUGCAGUAGAUUUUUUUUUUUUGGUAUACUGAUAGGGCUGAUGUUUUAAGUUACCACAUGCCUGUGUACAAAGAGGGCGAGUGUCUCCCCAACCUUGACUGGUUGGUUAGCAUCCACUGAUGGCUGGACCAGUGUAGACUUGAAUAACAUCAAGGUUAUGUAGUGUGACAAAAUGGUCAAACCAAAUCCACAGAUAAUAAUGUAAAAAAAUAUUUUCAUUGUUGGAUUAUAAUGAAUAUUUGCAUUUACAGAAUAGCAAUUUGUUUCAUUUGAACUCCAGAUGCCACCAUGGACUUCCAAAAUAAAAUCGAUGGUAUAUUUACUGUA